UAUCAAUCCAAAGUCAACUUAAAUCCUAUUACAAGUCAACACCCUUAAGCGCUUAAGAAAAAGUAUUAUGGCAGGUUCCCAACUUCCAACAACAACCACUGUCACAAGAAAUGGUGAUAGCUCAGAGGUGGAAGUGGAGCAAUAGCGGCAGAAAGAAAACCCCUUAUUUUCCACUGCUUGUGCUGUUCUUGGUGGCGUUCAUAGCUUUCUCAACACUUCACAGUGAGCACAGCAUUCACCAAAUCCAUGAGAACCCAGAUCAUGCUCGUAUUCAUCAAGAAGAACAUGUUUCAGUUACUUAUGUCAAACCCAACCUUCUCAAUCGAGCUUCAGAGGUUUUGGAUAGAUUCAGUAGAUGCAACUCCACAGUAGAGUAUAGUGGCAGGAAAAUUGCUUGCCUUGGUAGUGGCGGCGGCGGUGGUUCUCGGGGUUUCAGCGGCCACCGGAGUUUGGAGACGGAAAAAUGUGAUGUAUUCUCGGGAAAAUGGGUGUUUGAUAAUGGUUCAUAUCCAUUGUACAAUGAGGCAGAUUGCCCUUAUAUGUCUGACCAAUUGGCAUGUCAUAAGCAUGGAAGGAAUGAUUUGGGUUAUCAGCAUUGGAGAUGGCAACCUCAUAACUGCAAUUUGAAGAGGUUUGAUGUGAAAGAGAUGUGGGAGAAGUUAAGAAAUAAAAGGCUAAUGUUUGUUGGAGAUUCACUAAACAGAGGGCAAUGGAUAUCAAUGGUAUGCUUGUUACAAUCAGUUAUCCCUGCAGAUAAGAGAUCAAUGUCACCAAAUGCCCAUCUUACCAUAUUCCGAGCAGAGGAGUACAAUGCAACUGUUGAAUUCCUUUGGGCUCCUCUUCUUGUUGAAUCUAAUUCUGAUGAUCCAGUAAAUCACAGACUAGAUGAACGCAUAAUUCGUCCCGAUACUGUUCUUAAGCACGCAUCAAAGUGGGAGCAUGCUGAUAUACUAGUGUUCAACACAUACUUGUGGUGGAGACAAGGACCAGUCAAGCUAUUAUGGACCGACGAAGAAAAUGGAGCUUGUGAACAAUUGGAUGGGCGAGAAGCGAUGGAGUUGGCCAUGGGAGCUUGGGCUGAUUGGGUAUCUACUAAAGUUGAUCCUCUCAAGAAGCGUGUCUUUUUUGUGACCAUGUCCCCAACACAUCUAUGGAGCCGAGAGUGGAAACCGGGAAGCGAGGGAAACUGUUAUGGAGAGAAGGAUCCCAUUGAUUUUGAAGGCUACUGGGGAAGUGGUUCUGAUUUACCUACAAUGCACUCAGUGGAGAAGAUCCUAAGCAAUUUAAGUUCAAAAGUUUCUGUCAUUAACAUCACUCAACUAUCUGAGUAUCGAAAGGACGGCCACCCUUCCAUUUUCCGCAAGUUCUGGGAGCCCCUUCGACCCGAAAAGUUGGCGAAUCCUCCGUCUUAUUCCGAUUGCAUACAUUGGUGCUUACCAGGGGUGCCUGAUGUGUGGAAUGAGUUGCUAUUCCAUUUUUUAUGAAUGGUUUUGCUAACAAAUAUCCAAAGGAUACUUGUUAAGGAAUUGAAAAGAAGCAAGAUUUAUUUUUAUUGUGAUUCUCACUUCUAUUCCAUAAAGCAAAACCUUAUAUGAAAGGAAUAGUACUCGAUUUUCUUGGUCGGCUAUGGCCGGCCGUCGGCAUCUCGGAGAGGAUGAUGCUGCUAAUGUGGAAGUGCUUCUGAUAAGUGAAGAGAAUCUAGAAAGUCAAGGGAUCUUAAUGCUCAUGUUCCAUGGUAAAAUCUGGUUUCAUAUAGAAAAUUGGCAGGGUAUAAGAUUGCUUAUUUUAUUUCUUUUGAAUGCAAUUUUUUUCUUCUUUUUUUCCACUCAUA